CCCGCCCGGCCGUUGGUCGCAGUGGCCGCAUGGAACCCGCCGCAAUGGCAUCAACCACCCCGAGAUCAGUUCCCAAGCAAGCGUAGCCCUUUUCGUCAAACACGUCACCGUCCUAGCCCUUCCAUCCAUUCACGGCCCACGCUCCCUGGCCCUGUAGCGCUCACACUUCGGUCACUCAUCGCAUCUGUUCACUCAUUGCUUGUUUCAAUCGCUCCAGCAGCACCGGCAAGGGCGCGAAGAUCCAUUCUCGGCUGCCUGCAUGCAACAGGGAAGGUCCAAUAUCACAAGCAUCGGGGUGGCCCAAAACAUUUAUCAACAUCUUCACUUGAACACAAAAAACCCGCAAUAGCAUAAGCAAGCCGUCGAUAGCCUGAGCGUACCAUCUACUCGCCCGAGUAAAGUACCUAGGCAGGCAGGAUGAGCCCUGUCGUGCCCGUUGCUGGUGACGAGGAACAGAAGCUCAACUAUUCCGCCCACAUCAGGUAUUGGCGAAGAAACCUCAAGACUUUCCUACCGCACCACUACACCGGCAAUGAUGCCAAUCGCAUGAUCUUGGGCCUUUUCAUCCUGUCCGCUCUCGACAUCCUAGGUGAUCUCCCUUCGGCCCUCUCUGCAGAAGAACGUCAAGGCUAUAUAGACUGGGUGUACCUUUGCCAACUUCCAGAAGGAGGCUUCAGACCGGCUCCUGCCACCCAUCUUGGAGACGCCAGAAACGACGACAACGGGAUAUGGGAUCCUGCCCACGUGCCCGGUACCUUUUUCGCUCUCUCUACUUUGGCCAUCCUCGGCGAUGAUCUCGAAAGAGUCAAAAGGAGAGAAAUAUUAAUAUGGCUCAACACGGUGCAGAAACCAGAAGGGGGCUUUGGUGAGACGCUGGGAGAGGGUGAUCGGAUUGAGGGCGGCGACGACUCCAGAUUUGGCUACAUGGCCACCGCCAUCCGAUGGAUUCUACGAGGCACUCGCGAAGGUCCAUUGGAUGGUGUGCCUGACAUCCGCGUCGAUCAUCUUGUACAGUGCAUUCGAGAUGCCGAAGCAUAUGAUGGUGGGCUCUCCGAAGCGGCAUACCACGAGGCUCACGCUGGCUUCACGUCAUGCGCUGUAUCCACGCUGGCCCUCGUUGACCGCCUGCCUGUUUCCAAACCAGAUGGACGCCUACGAGGUAUCACUAAUCUUCCCAUGACCCUGCACUGGCUCGUUUCCCGUCAGACUUUGACCAUUGACGAGACCGAUGCCAUGGAUACCUUGAUGGACGAGACAGAUUCUGCAGCAACGUGCCACGAUUCCCAUUCUUUUGUCAAGAUGCAGACAUAUCCCUCUUUGCGUGGGCAAAAGUCCUUCGAAGAUAAGCUCCACUUGCCGUUCGCCGACACCGACCUCAAGUGGGUAGGUAUCAAUGGACGACUGAAUAAAAUUGGCGACACCUGCUACGCCUACUACGUGACGGCACCGCUCUUUACUCUUGGUCAUCAAGACGCUAUUGACAAACGACCCAUUCGGAGGUGGCUAGUCGAGAAAACAGCACACAUGAUUGGUGGUUUCGGGAAAGGACCUGGCGACCCCCCAGACAUAUAUCAUUCCUUUCUAGGUCUGAUGGUGUUGUCAAUGUUUGGCGAAGCAGGACUUCAAGAUGUUGAUGUUGUGCUGUGCAUCACGAAUAGAGCGAAGCGACACGUAGAGUCUCUUCCGUGGAGAAAAGCAGCUGUGGGCGCUGAGGAUCAUGUAUAA